CCCGCCCGGCCGCCGGCUGUCAUGGCGUCUCCGCUCCGACUGCGCUCCGCGCUGGCCCUGGUUACAGGUGCGGGCGGCGGCAUCGGCCGCGCCGUCAGCGUGCGCUUCGCCGCCGAGGGUGCCGCCGUAGCCGCUUGCGACCUGGACGGGGCGGCGGCGCGGGAGACGGUGCAGCUGCUGGGAGGGCCGGGGAGCGAGGAGGGGGCGCCCCGCGGAGUCCACGCCGCCUUCCAGGCUGACGUGUCCGAGGCAGGGGCCGCCAGGCGCCUGCUGGAGCAAGUGCAGGCCUGCUUUUCUCGCCCGCCGUCUGUCGUUGUGUCCUGUGCGGGCAUCACCAGGGAUGAAUUUCUACUCCACAUGUCUGAGGACAACUGGGACAAAGUCAUAGCUGUCAACCUCAAGGGCAUCUUUCUAGUCACUCAGGCUGCAGCCCAAACCCUGGUGUCCAGCGGCUGUCCUGGCUCCAUCAUCAACAUCAGUAGCAUCAUAGGCAAGGUCAGGCUGAGCUGGGAGGAGGUGGGGAACAUGGGACAGACAAACUAUGCUGCAUCCAAGGCUGGAGUGAUUGGGCUGACCCAGUCUGCAGCCCGGGAACUUGGACGACACGGGAUCCGCUGCAACAGUGUCCUCCCAGGGUUCAUUCGAACACCCAUGACCCAGAAAGUGCCACAGAAAGUGCUGGACAAGGUGAUUGGAAUGAUCCCAAUGGCACAUAUGGGGAACCCUGAGGAUGUGGCAGAUGUCGUCGCAUUCUUGGCAUCUGAAGACAGUGGAUACAUCACAGGGGCAUCAGUGGAAGUCACUGGAGGUCUUUUCAUGUAACUGCCUCAAGGACCCUGGACUCUGCUCACUCCCCCGCUGCUCUGCUGGCCUCCUGCUGAUGAGGACUCGGAGUUCCCAGGCUACAAAAGGGGUGGCUGUGUAUGGCUCAGGAAUGCUGAAUAUGGGAGGCAGGGGUGCUUGUGACCCUAAUAAAUUCCAAAACCUCUUCCCUGCCA